AUGGAUCACGCAUUGGAGCACCACAAGACCUACAUUGGCCGCCCAGCCUCCGAGCUGCCCUCGCCUGCAUUAGUCCUCAGUCUACCGGUGAUGAAGAAGAACAUCGGGACACUGCACGAUGAUGUCGAGAAGAUGGGACUCGGCUUCAGGCCGCAUGUGAAGACGCUCAAGUCUCUCGAACUCACUAGGAUGAUGCUUGCCAAUGGGAAGUACCGCUCCAUUGUCGCAUCUACCAUCCCCGAGAUCAAGGGCUCGCUUCCCCUUGUGGCCGAGGGAAUCCUCGACGAGUGUCUCUACGGCCUCCCGGUAUAUCCCAGCAUCCUUCCGCAGCUCACAGCUCUCCGCACCUCGCUUCGGGUAUUGCUCCUGGUCGAUCACGAGUCGCAGCUGUCGAUACUGGAAAAGGACUCUUCCUCGAGUCAGCCAUGGGAUGUCUUUAUCAAGCUUGAUGUCGGCUCCCAUCGCGCAGGGGUGGCUCCCCAGAGCGACACUCUUCACGCGCUCGUGCGUGCUGCAGAAGCUUCACCGGCCGUCAACAUCUAUGGGUUCUACUGCCACGCUAACCACUCCUACGCGGGUCGGACGCGCGCAGAGGCAGAAGAGACGCUCCGCAUAGAAUGGGACAGCGUCAUAUCCGCCGCAAAGUUGUUACCCAGCGACCGUCGCCUCGUCGCCUCGGUCGGGGCCACACCCACGGCUCACGUUGUCGAGUCUCUUCGGGCUGAUGCUCCCAGCAACAUAGAGCUGGAGCUGCAUGCGGGCAACUUUCCCUGCAACGACCUUCAGCAAGUCUCUACCGGCGUCAUCUCCAUGCAAGACCAGGCUGCGCGCGUCCUGGCCGACGUCGUCAGCGUCUACCCCGGCGAGCGCAAUGAGGCGCUCCUCAACGCCGGUGUGACAUCGCUCUCGAGAGAGACGAGUCCUGGAUUUCCAGGGUUCGGACGCGUCGUUGGGAAAGAAGACACUUGGGGUGUGGUGCGCAUGUCGCAGGAACACGGCAUCCUAGGCUGGAUCGGCGAGGGAGAGGCGAGAAAGAUAGAGGAGGUGUUCUCGGUGGGCGAGCGGGCCAUGGUGUGGUGCAAUCACGUGUGCAUUACGGCAGCGGCGUUCUUUGUGUAUUUCGUCGUGGAUGGCGACGAUAUCGUGCGCGAAACGUGGAUGCCUUGGAAAGGGUGGUAA